UCACCUUCAAACUCGGCGCGUAAAGAUCCGUUUUCGUACGUACGCAAGGCUUUCAUAUAUACCCAUACGCUACUAGUAUCGUCGUUCUUUCUCCGGUAGCGCCAACGAAUGCGUGCCUGCCUGCGUCGGCCGACCGUGCUUCGCGCCAUUGCAACCUCUUUGGAAACUCACACUAUUCGCCGUCAGAUCCCACCUCCUGUCCACCACCUCACAAACCGCACUUGCUCGCUUCGCCACUUCAUGACCUCCCCCCGCCCCCAUCUCCAAGACUCGGCCCCUCCACGGUCCUGGGCGCAGGCUCAGGCCCAAGAACUGCGCGAGGACCCAACUCCGCCACCGCCACCAGCCCUUUCUCCCGCAGCCGCCGCGCGCAUCGUUCGAUCCGACUCACCAGAAGCCCAAACGCGUCCGCCGACAUUACCGUCGUCGCAGGUGUAUGGCGAGCUGUUUGAUGCGACACGGACGGUGUUGGGGCAGUAUAGGGAGCUGUUGGAGGCGUUUGUGAGGGAUGAGCGGGGGGAGGAGAAGUACACGAAGUUGUCGAAAUAUGUAGUCAAGUCUAGCGUCGGGAAACACGUCCGACACGUCCUGGAGCAUGUUCGGAUACUGUUCGCGGAGCUGAUCAAAGCCUCGGACGAAGCAGCGUCGAAGAAGACCGGAAAGGCACAGGAAACACCCAUGAUGGUUAACUACGACCAUCGGCAUCCACCGCAUGACCUCUCAACCUCCCCCCGUGGCGCCCUAACCUUCCUCCUCACCCUCACCACCUACGUCGACCGUCUCGCGACCUCGUCCGCAGCCACCGACGUCGACCUCGAGAAACCGAUCCGCUUAGGGGUUACGGUUAACCCGGACGGGGGGAAGGAUGCGGAGCUGAGGAGUAGCUUGGGGAGGGAGAUUUGGUUUAUUGCACAUCACGCUAUACAUCAUGCAGCACUUAUUCGAGCUAUCUGCACCGAGCACCAGAUCCACGUCCCAUCGACCUUCGGCAUCGCGCCGUCUACUCAGCGGCAUAAUGAGGUGCACAAGGGGCAAGAUGAUGGUGGUGGUGAUGCGGAGAAACGGGGAGAGUGGGAUCGGGAGCGUCCGGCGGAGCACACGCACACGUCCCGUUUGUGAGGGGCCCGGAGCGGGUGAGGAUGCGAGAAAGGAGGUUGGUGCGGCGUCUGAACAAGCACUGCACCGGACGGGCACCACGGGGAAAUAUCAUCCCGCGUUCAUAGACUUUCGCCCUCG